GCCUCUUCGCUAUCACAAGAGCAGCUCUCUGCAUACGUCCAGCACAUUGGACUGCCUGCAAAAUACCACCCUGCCAACAACCCCACGCACAAUCUCGCCUUCCUCACGCAGUUGCACGUGCAUACCAUAUCCACGAUUCCAUACGACAAUUUGACGCUGCACUACUCAGCGAGCAAGAGGAUCUCGAUUGAUCCGCAGGAUGCAUUCCAAAAGAUCGUCACCGAGAACCGCGGGCGAGGAGGAUAUUGCAUGGAGAACAGCAUCCUCUUCAACCACGUGCUCCGCGGCCUGGGCUUCGCGGCCUACAUGGCAGGCGUGCGCAUGCGGCUGCGCGAGAACGGCGUGCCCGCCGGCGCCUACAUCGGGUGGGUGCACCUGGUCAACAUUGUGACGCUGCCCUGCGGCGCAAAGUACAUGCUGGACGUGGGCUUCGGGGGCGACGCGCCGACGACGCCGAUCCCGCUCGUCGACGGCCACAUUACGACCAACAUCUCUCCGCAGGAAAACCGCCUCGUGCACGGGCACAUCCCGCAGCAGGUCGUCCAGACUGAGCACACGAAGCUCUGGAUCUACCAGUACCGCAACGGCAAGGAAGCGGCGUGGAAUUCGUUCUAUGCGUUUCCGGAGUUUGAGUUUCUGGAGGCGGAUUUCAAGAUUAUGAAUUGGUAUACUGGGAGCCAUCCUGAGAGCUUCCAGACGUUUACGAUGCUCAUUAUUAAGUUUUUGAGGAGGGAGAGGGAGGGCGGGGAGCAGGGGGAGAUGGAAGUGUAUGGGAAGAGAAUGCUGAUUAAUGGAGUGGUGAAGGAGAAUAAGGGGGGAAAGACGAGGGUGGUUCACGAGUGUAGGACAGAGGCGGAGAGACAUGAGGCGCUGGAGAAUUGGUUUGGGAUGAGGCUGAGCGAGGAGGAGAAGGCGGGAAUCGCGGGGCACUCUACGGAGUUGAGGGGGUAG